AUGUCUCUCGACGGCACGGAGCAGCCGGAGCAGCCAACCUCGCCGCUAUCGUCAGAGGCAGAGACAGAGCCUUUGCCAUUUGAUGAAACGGAGCCGGACAUGCAAGCCCCCACCCACACGGACAACACCGGGGACGCAGUGAAGAAAGACGUAAUGCCGGAGGACAGCGUUACCCCCGAGCCACCGGUCCAAGUUGAAGAUGCCCCCGGAAGUCGACCGGGCGACGAAUACGACGCAGAGUCAGGUCCAUCGCCGAGCACAAGUGAACAGCCAGUACCUGUCUCACGGGAUCUUGACGACGAAUCCUCACUGUCUGAGAGUAUGGAUGAGGACCGUCAGGAAGACAUGGAGGACGGUCACUUGGAGCGCAGUGCCCUGGACGGCCUCGCCGAGCUCGCAGCAUCGAGCAGCAAUGUACCAGAAGAGAGGGACGUUUCAGCCUCGUCGACGAUGAGCUCAGGUACCUCGCAGGACGAGGACCAGGAACAGCUGGCGCGCACUCCACCGGCAGAUCCCGCCGACGAAGACGAUGCCGAGGAGGGUGAUGUCACAGUAAUGCCCACAACACCAUCGUCGCGCAAUAAGACGUCUCUGCACCGCGCUGUUAUGGCAGCCGUCGGCAAACGGCGUGCAGCGGCCACGGGCGGCGCGCCCAGUCUGUUGAUGGACCAGGAUGGCGAGAGCUCAGCCCCAGCCUCUACAGCGACGAGUCGACAGGGCAGUCCCGUGGCCGAGUCGGACUCUGGUGACACCAAGGAGACCAAGCGAGACGACGAGGUGGAUAGCGAGGCGCCCGAGCCGACACUGAUGGACGAGGAAAAGGAUGAGAUGGCCACAGAAACUCAGUCGAAUGCGGAGGAGGCAGCCGCUGAGAGCCAUACGCGCGGCGCCGAACAGGUGGACGACGACGCCGAGGCCUCGCAACAGCGCCAGGAAGCGAUGGAUCUACUGACACGCAUGGAGCUCGGAUUCGCCAUGCUCCGCGAGCGCCUGUACCGCGAGCGCCUUGAAGAGCUCGAGCGCGAGGCAGAGAUGAUCCAGCAGGGCACGCAUCCCGAGCUGCGACUGCUGCACACGCUCAUCGAUACACGCAAGGAGCGGCGCCUGGCACACCUUGACGUGUGGCUCGAGAAGUCCGAGCACGAGCACGAGCUGCGCGCGCGCGCGGAGGAAAAGAUCGCUUGGCUCAACUGGCGUGAUCAAGCGGCUACAGUGCGUCGCCGCAUGCUGGCUCAGACGGACAGCGAGAGGCGAAAACUGGACCGCGAGAAGCGUCUGCUUGAUGCGCCGCCACCUGUGCGCCGUCACCAGCCGUUUGAGGUGGAAUUUGUGCGCAAGCCGCUGUCGUAUUCGCGGCGCACGCGGCGUAUGGGCCACCUGUAUAUGACUCGCGAGAUGACGCCGCACGACACGCGGGGCUUUUUGGCGUACCCGGACGUGCGUGGCUUGGACGAGUACGAUGUGUGGAUGGACCUCGACCAGAUGGGCAUCCGCGCCGCCCUGCCGCCGCCGCCCGGUAUGCUCCCGCCCGGCUAUGCGCGUCCGGAAGAUGCGCCGCCGCACGACAUGUAUGCACCGUACCCGGGCAUGCCGGGCGAUGCGCCGAUGGGCUACUACGGCCCGCCCGGGCCGUAUAUGGAGGGCCCAGGACCACCGGGGCCAGCUCCUGGACCGGGUCUAGCGCCCAUGUAUGACGCCAUGUACGUUGACCGAAUGGACCUGCCGCCGCCUGGGCCACGCAAAAUGGAAGUCGGCUAUGAGAAGGCGUAUGGCCCGCCGCCGCCGAUGCGGCACUAUGGCGGGAUGACAGAGGCGCCGAUGGACAUGCCCGUGUCGCAUGUAAUGCAUGCCUGA